AGAAUAAGAGCCGAGUCGCACAGGACAUCUCAAGCGCACAACGGGAAGCUGUGAGGGUUAGAUCUUACUGGCUGCGCGAGGACGCGUUUAGUUAUAGAUACCACGUUUAAAUCCAGUUUAGAUUACUUUCAUGUUGAAUGAGUGCGAAUAUGAGCUGCUUCAAUCAUUCUGUGCUACUGUGAGGGCAGUUUCCCGCGUGGUUCCUCGCGUUUGCGCAACAGGUUCCUCACAGAUUUACCAGACUCCGACCCAUGUAGGAGAAAGAAGCAUGUUGUCACCGUUUCGGCCCUUUGGCAUUGAGCUGGAGAUCAACUCAUGGGAUGUGGCGGAUGCAGAAUCCGGUUUAACUUUUGGAAGGUGCUCUCCAAAGCCUCUGUGUUCUUUACCAUGGUCCUGAUCUUCACCUACUUCUUCUACUGCCUCACGGGAUUCUGUGAUUCGACUCCAAGAGCUUUAUUUAAACAACAAACCCCUCACAGAGAUUAUGACAUUUCAAUCGACCGCCGCCGCAUGCUGGAAGAGCUGCGACCGUCUCCGCGCUGCGUGCGCAAUACUACUGCUGCUCCGCGCGCGCAGCAGGUGGACGCCGUGGGGCAGAAAAGCAAAAACGAGAGCGCGCAGAGCAGCGGCAUACCUGUCUCCAACACUUUUGGGACCAAAAGGUUUCCGCAAGCGAUUAUAAUCGGUGUGAAGAAAGGAGGAACCCGCGCCCUGCUGGAGUUUCUCCGCAUCCACCCGGACGUGAGGGCGUUUGGCGCAGAGCCGCACUUCUUUGACCGUUUCUACGACAAAGGACUGGAGUGGUACAGGAACUUGAUGCCUCGGACUCUGGAAGGGCAGAUAACGAUGGAGAAGACCCCAAGUUAUUUUGUCACAAAGGAGGCUCCCAACCGCGUCUGUACGAUGAACUGCCAAACCAAGCUGAUUGUGGUGGUCAGGGAUCCGGUGACACGUGCUGUAUCUGACUACACCCAGACACUGUCCAAGAACCCAGGCCUUCCAUCCUUUCAGAGCCUCGCCUUGAGAAAUGCCACCACAGGUCUGAUCGAUACUUCGUGGAGCGCCGUGCGCAUUGGCCUCUAUGCCAAACACUUGGAGAGCUGGCUCCAGUACUUUCCCUUGUCUCAGUUUCUCUUCGUUAGCGGGGAACGUUUAGUAUCCGACCCAGCAGGGGAGAUGGGCCGAGUCCAGGAUUUUUUGGGAUUAAAAAGGGUGAUUUCGGACAAACACUUCUACUUCAACCAGACUAAAGGAUUUCCCUGUUUAAAGAAGCCAGAGGGGAGCAGCAGACCUCGCUGUCUUGGAAAGUCCAAAGGCAGACCUCAUCCUGACAUCCACUCUGAAGUCCUGCAGAGACUCAGAGACUUCUACAGGCCUUUCAACCACCGCUUCUACCAACUGAGCGGACAGGACUUUGGCUGGGACUGACAGCAGGCCCAGAUAAGAACAGAAGUCUUGUAAUGUGUUUUUUUUUCACACCAAAAAUGUUGAGAUGUUUCUGAAACAGGGGAACACCCACUGAAACAAACCACUGAACCUUUUACUCAAUCUUUUUUACAAAAAGCUGUGUUGCAGGUCUGACACGGUGAAACAAUAAGCAGCAAGAUCUCCUUUUUCUGUCUGUUACUUUUAAAAUGUGCUUGAUUAGUGCAUUUCUUUAAUUGGAAAAAAUGGAACUUGCAACUUAACUCCUUCAGUGGACAUUAGCAUGUUAGCUAAAGAGCCAGCCAAUCACUAGAGACGGCUAUUUGAGGUGGAAUUGAUCAACGCUAAUACACUCAUCUGGCACACAGAGGCCAAAUGCAUGUUUGUCCGUGUUUAACCAAUAAGACUUUUUUUGGUCAUUUAUUUUCACAGUUUUAGCAUUCUCAGGGAAGAAGAGAAACAAGCUCCUUUCUGCCUGUGGAAUCUGACCUGCAGCACUCACGAACUGUUGAAAGGGAAGACGUGCACACAGUGCUGCUAAAGUGCAAGUUAUACAAACAGGAUUUAUGGAACUAUUGUCUCUUUUAUGCAGCCUAUUAUGAAUGCAAUAUUUUAUUGUCUCUGUUUUGUUUUAAAAUGAAAAACCUAUUUAUGGUUUCUGUUAUCAUAGAAUACAUUUAGAUUUUGUAUUUUAUAGGAAAAAAGCUAUUUAUUUCAUGACAAGCCAAUACAUAAAACUGGUACACGCUGUUUAACUGGACUUUGGGGUUUAUGUAAUGCUCUGCAAUGGUUGGAUACAUUUGAUUUGGAGUUUUGCAGUUCAUUUUUUUGGAAAAUCUGACUGGUAUUCUAAGUGAAAUCUCAUUUGAAAAGGGUCUAUUUAAGGCAUGCAUGCACAUUCAGUUAUUAAUAUUGUUACUUUAAAGCUACACUGUUUUUAGCAUUUUGAUUGUUUUAGACAGUGCCAACUGUAUCAGCUCUCUCAUCAUAAAUCAUUUGUAGAUGUUUAGAUCAAUGAUUAUACUGACUUGUUUAUUUUGAGCCAACACUAAACCGACGAAAGCUGAUCUGACUAAUACUUUGUUUUGGGAAGUAAAGUUUUAUACAAAAUAAAAUGUCAGUGC